CGGAGUAGCAGAUCCAGCAUCCAGCAUCCAGCAUGAAGGUCUUUGUCGUUCUCGCCGUUGUCCUGGCCGUGGCCGCCGCUGCCCCUCAGUUCGGUGGUGGUUCCAGUGCUAACGCUGGAGCCUCGGCUCAGGCUCAGAACCAAGGAUUCGGAGGCAACCAAGGAUUCGGCGGCGGUCCAGGUGGAUUCAAUAAGCAAGGCGGACCUGGCGGAUUCGGUGGUCCAGGCGGACCACAGGGAGGAUUUGGUGGUCCAGGCGGACCACAGGGAGGAUUCGGUGGUCCAGGCGGACCACAGGGAGGAUUCGGUGGUCCAGGAGGCUUCGGUGGUCGUCCAGGCAAUCAAGGUGGAUUCGGUGGCAACUCCAACUCCAAUGCCAAUGCUAAUGCCGCAGCCACCGCCCAGGGCAAUGGCUUCGGAGGUGGUAAUGCCAAUGCCAACGCCAAUGCCAAUGCCAGUUCCAACUCCCGUGGAGGUGGCAACAGCAACGCCAGUGCCAGUGCCACUGCUAAUUCCAGUUCCUUUGGCAAAUAAGUACUGAGGACUAAGCGAAUU